AUGACGUUUGCCGUGGUGGUUGCGCUGGUGCUGGCGUGCGGAGCGCGCGCGCGCGCCGGCGAGCCGGUGUUCGACCCGAGCACGCUUAUGCGGCUCGUGCUCGUGCCGGCGGACGCGGCCGUCGGCUCCGUCGUGUACCGCGUGCGCGCCUCCGACCCCGACUUCGACUACCCGCUGCAUUUCGAACUCAUAGGUCAAAUGGGUCGCCUAGACAUCGGCAUAGUGACGCUGCCCUGCACCCGCUACAAUUCCGUGUGCCAAGCCAAUGUGGUCCUUCUGCGGAGGCUGGAGCCAGGCCGCUACGUGGACUUCAGGUUGUCAGUGCGGAACACCAGGGGACGAAGCAAUCGCAUCGCCUGUUCCAUCACUGGCACCAACGCCACUACGCCCAGAGACACCAUUUUCCCGCACCAGCCCAGCAUCAUUUUAGUCCCUGAGGACGCAAAAAGAGGGACAGACCUAGAGAUUGUUAUAGCGAGGAAAAAUCCAUUGUCACCAAAACCUUUAGAGCUGGAGUUGUGGGGAUCACCGCUUUUUGCGAUACGACAGCGGCGGGUGUCGACUGAGAACACUGAGGGUACCAUUUUCUUGGUGGGACCCCUAGACUUCGAGGCGCAGUCUAUGUACCAUCUGACUCUGCUGGCUGUGGACCCAUACGUAGAACUGGGCAAGGACACCCGCAACAUCGCCGCAUUGGAGGUCGUGGUGGUAGUGCAAGACGUGCAGGACAUGCCCCCUGUCUUCACGGCAGCGCCCCCUGUCACCCACCUGCCGAGACAGGUGGCGCCAGGGGACGUGGUGGUCAGGGUACGGGCAGAAGACGGCGACAAGGGAGCGCCCAGGGCAAUCAGAUACGGCCUGGUGUCUGAGGGCAAUCCGUUCACUCCGUUUUUCAAUAUCAACGAAACUACGGGUGAAGUGACUCUCGAGCGACCUAUUGAAGAGAUAGCAGCGAUAUCCCACGCUGGAGCCCCCAUCCUCCUGACUGUAGUCGCUGAGGAGGUCCGCCUGUCCCGAGAGGAGCCCGAGGCCAUGUCUUCCACAGUCCAGCUGGCAUUCAUACUGCCUGAGAGAGAGAACUCGCCGCCGUACUUUGAGAACCAAUUUUACAUCACAUACUUGGACGAGAACGCUCCCCAAGGCACAGCGCUCACCUUCAUCGACCCAUACAUCCCCCAAGUGAACGACAACGAUGCGGGGAAGAACGGCGUCUUCUCUCUUACCCUGGUGGGGAACAAUGGAACCUUCGAGAUUUCUCCCACGGUGGCGGAGAGACAUGCUCAGUUCAUUAUUAAAGUCCGGGACAAUACGAUGCUGGACUUCGAGGCGCGGAAGUCUGUUGUAUUUCAGAUUCUGGCACAAGAACUUGGUCCAGCAACGAAUUUGUCAGCGACUGCCAACGUCACGGUCUACCUAAACGACGUCAACGACAACCCGCCCGUCUUCCUGGCCUUGUCUUACGACGUCGAGCUACCAGAGAACGUGACAGCCGGCACUAGGGUCGUACAAGUCCAAGCUGAUGACGUUGACACUGGUGCUUUUGGGAAAAUCCAAUACACUGCCAUACUAGGAUACCUAAACACAUCGCUACACUUAGACCCCAUAUCAGGGGUCAUUACUGUAGCAACGAACAACCACGGCUUCGACCGUGAAGCAAUGCCAGACUUGCAUUUUUUAGUAGAGGCUAGAGAUAACGACGGAGUAGGUUUAAGAGUAACAGUGCCAUUAAUUAUUAAGUUAUUAGAUGUAAAUGACAACCCACCAGAGUUUGAGAGGUCGUUGUACGAGUUUGUGCUGUCGCCAAGCUUGAACAAUUUCACUUCGGCAGCGUUUGUAAAGGCAGUUGAUAAAGACGCUGAGCCACCAAAUAAUGUAGUCAGAUAUGAAAUUAUACAAGGCAACGAGCAAGGCAAGUUUGCCAUAAAUGAAGAAACAGGUGAGCUGUAUCUUCUAGAAGCCCUCAAAAGAACGAAGAAACAAAACGUUCACAGGCAAAAACGCCAAGAUAUCGACCAAGACAGCGAAGUUGUUGUUCUUGUAGUCAGAGCGUACGAUUUGGGAGAUCCCAUGCUAUCUUCUUCUACAACUGUGAAGAUAUACCCACCAGAGAGUAAAACAAGGACGAUGUCCUUCAUAGUGCCUGGUGCUAAUCCUGAUAGGCAAAAGUUAGAAGAAGUGCUAAGCACACUUUCGGGAGGCAAAGUAAAUAUAAUCGAAAUAAAGCCAUAUAAAGGAAACGGUGGUACAGAUUUGAGCGGGCAGGAGUCUAGUCAAGAAAAGAGUGAAGUAAUAGCUAUAGUCCGCAUGACAGGGAACACAGCAAUCAAUGUGGCGAAGCUUCAAGAUCAGCUUGCCAAAAAUAUUACCAUUUACACUAAUGGCAGUGGUACGAACACUGUCAUCAAUCCUGUAACUAAUACAGGAUCAAAUACUGGAAUCGGCAACACCGGUUCUGGUACUUCUGGUAACACUGGUUCUGGUAAUGCAGGUUCUGGCAAUGCUGGUUCUGGAAACAAUGGUUCUGGUAAUACUAUUACUGGUAACGCUGGUACCAAUGGAGGAAAGGGUCAAGGAGACCACGCUUCGACGGUUGACAAUAGCGACUCAAAUCUGUACAAAGCUGAAAGUCGUCUAUUGUUCUGGCUGUUGAUACUUUUAGCCAUAAUAGUAGCUCUUGUGUUGCUACUCCUAAUAUGCUGUUGUAUAUGCGAAGGAUGUCCACUAUACAUGCCCCCAAGGAAAAGAGUGAUACGUGUCAACUCCACAGAGGACGACGUGCGUUUAGUGGUUCACGACAAGGGACUUGGGAGAGAAAACAAGUCGACGCAAAAUAUAGAAAAUAAGUCAGUACAAGCGAAUGAGUGGAGGAGAAGGGAAGCGUGGAGUGCUGAGCAGGCAGACUUGAGGACGAAGCCAACGCAGUGGAAAUUCAACAAGAGGAACUAUAGGUCCAAGCCUGCUUCGACCCCUGGCGAUAUUCACCAGGAGUUUGUACAUGCGGCCGCUGAUAAUGACUACAAAUCUAACAAUGAUGCUCGGCAAUCCUUUCGUACCAGGGAUGGUCCAAACAUCAUCUACACAAAGGAAAUGCAACUUCAAGAAGCAUUUGCCAACAAGCAUAAAGAAUACAUAGAAGAUUUAGAAAAUGGCUACGACAGGAUCGCUACUUUGCAUUAUCAACGAAGAGAACAGGACAACGAUUCGAUUCGCAGGCAUGAAAUAGACCGCGGCUCAGAUGUUGGCAUCUUCGUCAAGUCUGAUGACAAAAACUUAAAUGAUAAGGCUGAUAACAAGAAACGAGAUUUCCAAGAAAAACAACGUGCUCCGUCUUCCCUUGGUAGGGAUCAAUACUUCAUUAAAGAAGGCAAUACAGAAAUCUUACGACUUGUGACGAGGGGUAAAAAUGAAGAAGAGCGUUAUGUAAAUCUACCUGUACAUCAACAGAGACCUGUAACACUUAUUCCACAUACUCAGUAUGUUGUAGUUGAUAGUGGAAAAGAUUUACUAAUGGAAAGAUUCAUUAGAGAGCAAGGAGAAGAAGCCAAAAAUAUUAGAGAAAGAAUGAGUGUAAAUAACAAAGUGACAGAUUUGGACAAUAUGUCAACCGGAAGAGAAGGUAAAGGCUUCGGUCAAAGGUCUCAGGCUGGAAGUGAAACGCACAAUCAAUUUCACGAUUAUUCAAAUGUAGUUCCUGAAGUUCCUGGAGUUGUACCAAUGAAAAAUGAUUAUCUACAAUCAGCAUUACUAGAAAUGCAAAACAAAUCAACUAUACACCAAGAACUCUUGGAAUCCUCUCUCAGAAAACAAAAUGAACUAUUACAUCAAAUUUUAAUUGAACGAGAAAGGCUAUUGCAAAAUCAGGAAACUGCCUCUCAAGUUGAGAGUAAACUAGAAACUCAGAGCUUACCUGGUCAUUCUGUUAUUGCUACACAAACAGAGUGUCAUAUAGGAACACAAACAGAACCUCAGCUUUUAAAACCUACUAGAAGAAAAGCAAGAAGUGAUAAUGACUCCUAUAGUGAAGAUGAAGAAUCACAAAUCGUCGAUAACGAAAAUAGGAAAGUAGCAUGGGUUAAGAAGAAAAAACCUAAAAAGAAAAUAAAAUACAAAGAUCCGAGAAGAAGUAUUAGAGUGUACGACUUGAAAAGAAAAAUUAAAACUCCAAUCAUCGAAGAAAGCGAAGUUUCGCCGUCACUGGAAAGCGAAAAACAUGUGAAAAUUAGUAAAACAAAUAAAAGAGAAGAACGUGUUAGGAAUUACGGGGAUCGAACGAAAAGUGUAGUCACGACAUCCAAAAAUGAAACCGUAUGCUCUACCCAAAUAAAGAUGACAGACGGUGAGAAAAAAUCCAGACUAAAAAGAGAAAUCCUAAUGGAAAUCUCCGACUCAUUAGAAGAAAAAGUUGAAUCAGACUCUCGCGAACGAAAGCGUUUACAAAGACAGACGCCUAUAGAAGAGCCUCUUGCUCUUGAACAUGAAAGCAGCAAGGAGGUCAAGAGCAGAAGCAGUUCAGCAUCUGUGCAUGAUAACCGUAACUUAGUAUUUUCCAGGCAAGGUUCUUCAACUGAGGCUCACGAACUUGCUGAAAUUCCUAGAAACAUCAAAACCCCUGAGCUGGAAGAGGCGUCUAAGAAAGAAAGUGCUAGCAAUACAGAUUCCAGCGCCAAAAGAACCGAUCCAGUCAGUGAAUCUGUAAAAUCUGGAGAAAAUGGUAAAGCUCAGAAAAGUUUACCACGAUACAUGCAAUGGUAUGGCAAAAAAGGCAGUUCAAAACCAACAGCUCCAGAGAAAGUCGUGCCUUCGAAACCUAAAAGGCCUUCAAAAACCAAAAAUGACCAAGAUAAGGAUGCAAAAGAAGAUAAAACGGGACGAUAUGGUAAAAUUAUAAGCAAAGAUCAAAGUGACAAUUUAGAGGUAAAAAAAAACUUCAAAACAAAAGAAAGUGAAUUUAUUCACCCACGAUUGUUAAAAGAAGAAAAAGUGACUCCAGUGCCUGAGGGACCUUUGCCUGACGUGCACCCAUUGCUUCAGCAUUCUGAGCAUAGGUAUGAACACAAUUAUGAAAACCAAAAUCCGCUUUGUUAUAUUCAGCCAACACACAUUCCUAAAUACUUGGGUGGUCAACCGAACUUACCUAUCUUACCAAGGAGGCAGUCUAUAGAACAGCAACCAAUAUACGUGAAUCAGGAUGAUGUAAAAAGCAAGGAUCAAUCACAGGAGAUUUCUGAGAGCGCUCUGACUCACAGCAUAUCAAUAUCAACGAGUUACGAUGAAGAUAGAAAAAAUGGUACAGAAGUGCACGUUUCUAAAAUAAAUAUCGGUGGCGAUAGUGUGGCAGAUGUUAGUCAUAGAACAUUAACGACCAACAUAGAUGAUAAUGACUCUGGAAUAGCUAUGAAUACUCUUGUACAGCAGACCGGUAACAUUAAGAGGCUACCAAUAACAGAAAAGAAGAGUGUAUUUACUAUUGCCUAUGAUGAUGUUCAAACUAAACAACUGAGACCAGACAGUAGCUCGACGUCAUACUAAUUAUA